AUGAAUAUGAACAAUGAUUAUGUCAAUCCAAAUCUACCAGUAAAAUUAUCAGAGGCAAGAGUGGGCAGAGACAACCAAGUAUAUAACGAGGAAACAGGAGCAAGAAUUGUAGCUGGUUGUAUAUGUUUAAAUGAAUCAAAAAAUAAAGUUAUAAUGAUAUCAUCAUCAAAACAUAAAAAUAAAUGGAUAUUACCAAAAGGUGGGAAUGAAAAAGAUGAACUGACUCUAGAAACCGCAGUUAGAGAAACUUGGGAAGAAGCUGGGGUUGAAGGUAUUGUUAUCAAAAAAUUACCAGUUGUAUUAGAUAGUAGAGGUUCAAAAGCACCUGUUAUAAAAGGAGAUUUUGAUAAAGUUGUACCAAAAUCAGAGUUCCAUUUUUUUGAAUUACAGGUUGAUCAAUUAAACACUGAAUGGCCAGAAAUGAAGAAGAGAGAAAGAAGAUGGUGUACUUAUUCUGAAGCAAAACAUGAACUAAAGAAACUGAAUAGAUCUGAAUUAAUUGAAGCAUUGAAUCAAAGUUCUAUAAUAAAAGAUACUACGAAUGAUGAAAAUAUUGAUAAUUAUUAA